UUCUGACAUUUUUUUUUCUUCUUUCUUAUCUUUUUUCAUUUCCCAGUUUCAUUUUUCAGUUAAUAUCUGCGUUCGUCGCUAUUUACCUAUACUACUCACGCAGCUGACAAGAAAGGGAUCGAACUACGUUAAUGGCGGCCCGCUCCCUUUUACUCACUCUUACCCGGAAUGCACGAAGGGGCAAGAAAGUUCCAUUCAGAUCCAUUUCUUCAAGCAUCGAAGCUUUUGAAGAAGGACCCAUCAUGAGAACACAUGAAGAUGAAUUUACAGAAGAAGAAAGAGAUGAUUUAAAGAGCAGAAUUUUCAGGCUCAGGCUGCCCAAGAGAAGUGUCACUAAUGUUUUACAGAAAUGGGUCAGCGAAGGUAACAAUAUCACUGUUGCUGACCUUCGGAGCAUCUCCAGGGACCUCCGCAGAUCACACCGCUACAAGCAUGCCCUCGAGAUAUCUGAGUGGAUGGUUAAUCAUGACGAGUAUCAUUUAUCUGACACUGAUUACGCUAUCCGCAUUGAUCUAAUGACCAAAGUUUUCGGCAUUGAUGCUGCUGAACGCUACUUCCAAGCGUUGCCUUCCUCAGCGAAAACCACUGAAACAUACACUGCGCUCCUCCACUCUUAUGCUGGAUUAAAGCUAAUUGAAAAGGCAGAGGAACUCUAUGAAAGAAUGAAGGGAGAAAAUCUCCCAUUGACUUCCAUCACCUACAACGAGCUCAUGACUUUGUACAUGUCAGUUGGGCAGCUGGAAAAGGUGCCAUUAAUAAUUGAAGAACUGAAACGCCAGAAUGUUGCUGCCGAUCUAUUUACAUAUAAUCUAUGGGUAAGUUCUUGUGCUGCCGCUCUAAACAUAGACGAGGUUAGAAGGAUUCUUGAUGAGAUGAGCACUGAUUCGGGCUGCAACAAAACUUGGAUUAGAUAUGUGCAACUCACUAAGAUAUACAUUACUUCUAGUCACCUAGUGAACUCAGAUUUCAGCUCCCUAGUAGAAAGUGAGAAGGGUGUUAUUACACAGAGAGAGCUGAUAUCUUACGACUUCCUCAUUAUUCUGUACGGGGCCCUAGGCAACAAAGAUAAACUUGACCAAAUCUGGAAAUCUUUGAGGAUGACCAGGCAGAAGAUGACAGGACGAAACUAUGUCUGCAUACUUUCUUCAUAUCUGAUGCUUGGGCAUUUGAAAGAGGUUGGUGAGAUAAUCGACCAGUGGAAGCAAUCCGCGACUGCAGAGUUUAAUGUGGCCAUGUGUAAUAAACUAUUGGAGGCGUUGGAGGAAGUUGGGAUGACAGAUAAGGCAACUAGUUUCCGUAUGAUACUUGGCGAAAAGGAUUGUGAGCCUAUGGAUGAUUUGAGAUGAGGUUAUGGCCAUUUCCCAUUUGAGAGAGUUUUGUAUGAUCAGAGACUGUAAUCUCAGGAGCAGAUUUAGGACUUGCAGCAGCAACAAGAGAGAAUAAUGCCAAGUUGUCUUGGUUUUAUCUGUUGAUUGUAUAAAACUUUAGUCGGAAUGGAAAAGCAUUGACAGAAAUCUUAUGAUCACCA